UUGUUUGUGGCUACUGUCUCAACUCAACUCAGAACAAAAACAACAAACUCGAGGUAACAGUAAGUAACAAUGGACACAAAACAAGGGUUGUUCUCCACACUGAAAGACGACUUAAUGAAAGGCCUGUUACCGGCGAGCACUAGUUCUCCGAUUUCAAGUUUACUCCGGCGGAGGAAGAAAGACCAUGUUCCUCCACUGGUUGAAGCAAUGUCCCCGUUGAAAGAGGGUCCGGAGGAAACAGAAUGUAGCUUCUCUGUUUCCUCCUCUUCCGAUCUCAGGCUGCUGCUUGGUGUCCUGGCUGCACCUCUGGCUCCUCUCCGUGUCAGCAUCACCGACCCCUUUCCUCACCUUGCUAUCAAAGACAUUCCCAUUGAAACAUCUUCUGCUCAGUAUAUAUUGCAGCAGUACAUAGCUGCUUCAGGAGGAUUGAAGCUUCAAGAAUCUGUUUACAAUGCUUAUGCAAUGGGAAAAGUGAGGAUGAUUGCUUCCGAGUUUGAAACGGCUAACAAGCUCGUGCGUACGCGGAACCCCUCUAAAGCUGCACAAUCGGGUGGGUUUGUCUUGUGGCAGAUGAAGCCUGACAUGUGGUAUGUUGAGCUUUCUCUUGGUGGAAGCAAGGUCCAUGCAGGUUGCAAUGGGAAACUUGUGUGGCGGCAUACUCCGUGGCUUGGUCCUCAUGCAGCCAAAGGGCCGCCUAGGCCUCUAAGACGCGCUCUCCAGGGUCUUGAUCCAAGAACAACUGCAAGUAUGUUUAUCAAUUCGAGAUGUGUUGGAGAGAAGAAGAUAAAUGGAGAGGACUGUUUCAUUCUCAAAAUAUGUUCAGAUCCAUCCAUGUUAAAAUCGCGAAGCCAAGGUUCGGCAGAGAUCAUAAGACAUGUUUUGCUAGGACAUUUCAGUCAGAAAACAGGACUUCUUAUUCACUUGGAAGACUCUCAUUUGACUCGUAUUCAGAACAACGGAGGCGAUGCUGUAUAUUGGGAGACAACAAUCAAUUCAUUUCUUGACGAUUAUAGGCCUGUUGAAGGGAUAAUGAUUGCUCACUCGGGUCGUUCUCACGUAACACUUUUCAAGUUUGGAGAAACAGCAAUGAGCCACACAAAAACUAGAAUGGAAGAAGCAUGGAUAAUUGAAGAAGUGGCUUUCAAUGUCCCUGGCCUUUCUAUGGACUGUUUCAUUCCUCCAGCUGAGCUAAGAUUUGCUUCUGUGACUGAAACCUGUGAGGAGUGAUGUUGCAGCAGUGAAUGUGUAGCAAUGUGGAGAUUUCUGCAUUGGCCUCACAAAAAUUGUUAAUAGGGACAAUCAGCAUCAUAUCCCCAAAAGUGAGUUCAAACAUUCCCUUUGGUGGAUGAUUUUGCGUUUAGUUUUAAGACUUGUUUUCAGUUUGGGAUUAGCUGAUAAUUACUGUAAGGUAUCAUUAUUAGUCUUUAUGUGAAAGUAAUCAACUCGAAGAUCAAAUAUCACCUGAAUUAAUAUAUGAAUGAAGUUUUUGAUGAUAUUAUUGAUUUUUGAAGAAGUUGUUGUGACUUGUACCAUCUAUGAAUAUAUCUUAUUUUUAAACUUC